GGCGGGCGCGGCGGCGUCUGCGCCUGCGCGAGGGUGUGUGCGCCUGCGCAGAGGCGGCGGUGGAGGCGGUCCGUUCCGGUCCGUUCCGGUCCGUUCCGGUGGGAGGCGGCUGGGGAGUCCGGUCCCGGGCCGGCGGGGAGAUGCAGCCGGCCGCCCCCGCCUCUCCCCCUCCGCUCUACUCGCCCCCCUCCGGGGACUUCACCUUCGUCUCCUCCGCAGAGGCCCAAGAUCUGAGUGGUUCGAUAGCCUCUCCAGAUGUCAAGCUAAACCUCGGUGGAGACUUCAUGAAGGAGUCUACAGCAACUACAUUUCUAAGGCAAAGAGGUUACGGCUGGCUUUUGGAAGUGGAAGAUGACGAUCCCGAAGACACCAAGCCUCUUUUGGAGGAACUGGACAUUGAUCUGAAGGAUAUUUACUACAAGAUCCGAUGUGUAUUGAUGCCAAUGCCGUCACUUGGUUUCAAUAGACAAGUGGUGAGAGACAAUCCAGAUUUUUGGGGCCCUUUAGCCGUUGUCCUUUUCUUUUCAAUGAUUUCGUUAUAUGGACAAUUCAGGGUUGUUUCGUGGAUCAUAACCAUUUGGAUAUUUGGCUCUCUAACCAUCUUUUUGUUGGCCAGAGUCCUUGGUGGAGAAGUUGCAUAUGGCCAAGUUCUAGGAGUCAUCGGCUACUCGUUACUUCCCCUCAUUGUAAUUGCCCCUCUGCUUUUGGUGGUUGGGUCAUUCGAAGUUGUGUCUACACUAAUAAAACUGUUUGGAGUCUUUUGGGCUGCCUACAGUGCCGCUUCACUAUUAGUAGGCGAAGAAUUCAAGUCCAAGAAGCCGCUCCUGAUAUAUCCAAUCUUUUUAUUAUACAUUUAUUUCCUGUCCUUAUACACUGGGGUGUGAUCGCAAGUGGCCGGACAUGGGCGGAAGCAGAAAUAGUGGAUUCUUGUGCAGGCGGGUACACAUCAUGCUGAGAGAGGACGGAGAGACACCAAGUGAUGAUGGAGGAGUCCCCGACGUUCCAGUUGACGAGGCAGAUUUAUGGUCCAACAGCCUAAUCGUAAUAUUUAAUUAGAAAAUUGUAGCUAUCUAGGUUUGUAUGGGAAUUCUAGGUUUCGUUUAAGAUUCUUCUGAUUUCAGUGAAUAAAAUAUGAGGAUGCCAUGUUUAUGAGAUUGUGGCAAUACGCAGCUGAAUAUCCAUGCCAGAAGCACCAGGACUAAGCUAUUAUAUUAAAUGGAACAUAGAAUAUCAGAAGGUCUUGUUACUCUGAGUGCAAUUUUUUUCAUUUAAAAAGGUGACUUUUUUUCUCAUGGCAGAUUCUGCAGGUAUAUGUAUAUUAUAUAUUUGUUACAUAUUUAUGAAGCAGUACUUUUUCACAGAAUACAUUUUGACAUCAUCUAAAAAUGAAAAUACUUUAAAUUUGGUGUCUGUCUCUAAUUUGGCCAUCCAAGUUUUAUAAAUUGAUUUGUUUUAAUUGUACAUAAUUUUUUUUUAAUAUCUUGCACAGCUUCCACAUGUCUAAGUUGAAGUUUUUGGUAACGUUGUAAAUUGGUUUGUGACUUUUUCAAAACCCAAGGAUUGGAUUUAAAAUUCCUCUUUGUUUCUGACCAAAGGAACGGGAAGAGGGCCACUGUGUGAUGUUGAUCAGAAAUGAUUAAUCUUAGAAUAGUGUACUGCAGCAAAAGCAAAUAAUUUUUAAUUUUAAAAUGUGUGACAGUGAAGAUUGUCAAAUUCUAUGGAUAGCAAAGAUUAAAAAUGAGAAACAAACUCACAUGGUUCCCCUGAACUUAUUCCAAGUGGAAAAAUGAAAGAAAAUGUUUUCCAACCCUGUGUUUUAUAACAUGUUUUCUGUAUUGCUUUUAAAAGCAUGGUGUUAAACAUCAAGUGCUUUUGAAUGUACACCUUUUGCAGAGAUAAUGUGGAGAAUUCAGCCAUGAAUCCCAUCACACUAAUCAACUGUCAGGGUCAUGACAUAUAAAGCUGUUUAAUACUCAAUUCAGAUAUUCUCUGUAUGUGUACUGUAUGUAAGCGUGUAAUAUUUAGGCUUGGUUAAAGUAGUUAAAACUGAUGUUUUCUCCCCAAGACCAUUCGAUUUAUAACUUGAGAUGAUUUUCUUUACAAAUAGUAUCUAUUUGAAAGCCUGGAUGAUCAGAGUAUCUCCCAUCAAGAUCUUCAUUGACUUUAUGAAAAGAAAAGGCAGCCUCUCAUAAUGUUUAUAUAUCUGUUGCUCUUAGAUAUCAAAAUAUUCAGAUAUUCCUUGUCUAGGUGACAACAGUAGAAACUGAAAGUUAAGUGUUCUUAAAACCGUCAGCUUUUUCAAAAUGAAGAUAAAAUUGCAAAUGUGAAUGCUGAGGUUUCUUUUUGGUCUUGGAAAAAAUUUUAAAUCCCAUAAAAUUCCCAUCAAUCAAUAGUAUUUAUUGAGCACCCACCAUGUGCAUAAUACUUUUGGGAGGAAAUACUAUAGAGUGAGUAGACAAGAUCCCUGCCCUUAAGGAUGAAUUUAUCCAUUUGAUUGAUUUUCUUUAAGGAGGCCUAAUGAAAGUGCCAGGACUUUUCAAAUUGCUUCGAAGUACUUCAGAGCUCUCUGCCUUCAGAUUUGAAACGCUUUUGCAUUGGGUGGGAGAUUUGCAAGAUGUGUUUGUUUUGAAUCACAGGUCUGGAAUUUCCCAUCUGAUGAGUUACUUUUAUUAAAGAUACUAAAUUUGCAUGAAUCAGUUUGGACUAGUUGGAAUGUAGUUAAAAGCAUUAAAUUCCUUUAGGCAUUAAAUCUUAUGUAAAAUUAGUGUGCAAUUAGUAAGCAUUAGAAGCUUAGUUCAUAUCCUAGCAAAAAUCUCAAUUUCUGCUAGUUUGGGGGUUUUUUGGUUGGGUUUUUUUUUCCUGUAAGGGAUAUUUAGUGUUUGUCACGCCUGGUUCCUUAGAGGUUUCUGUUCCAGAAUACGACUUUUUCAUGAGCAGUGUCCCUCUCGUGAAUACUUUACUACAGUAUUAACCAUUUUAUGAUUUCAUGACAACAUUGGCAAUUUUUAAUUCAGAAAAAUACCUUAAGUGAUUGAUUAGAUUUUUAUCUCUCAAUAAAUUACAUGAAGCCUUAGAAAACUGGUAUCUAAACCAAACAUUUUCUUGAAGUGGGGUUAUUGAUUUGGUGCUUUAUAAAUAUGGACCCUUUGUAUUAUUUUUAACAAGCUGCAGUAACUAUAUAUAGAAUUUUCCUGGUCUUUGGAUUUGGCAUCAGAUGUGUGUAUUGCAACAAAAUAAGAAAUUUCACUCACUGAAAUAGGUAUUGAUUCAUAAUCAUAUUCUGUUAGCUUCGAGACCUGUGGUUCCAUUUUUUUUAAGCCUUUUUUUUUUUUUUUUUUUUGACUAGUUAAUGUCUGGUUUGGAGGCUCUUGUGUGUUCGGGGCAAAGUGACAGCGUGCUGGAAAGAUGAAAUGAUUAUCUCCAGUUGAGCAUUUAGAUGGGUGGUUAAUCCCAGUAAAACUUCUUUAGUUUUCAACUGAAUAUCUGCAUUUUUUUACUUUGAUCUUUUGCCAAAUGCUAUGCAAAGAACACCCCACAUCCUUAAAUGUGUACUUUAUAACCCAUCUAAAUCGUUUGUUUUCAUUAUGCAAUCGAGAAAGUCACUUUAGAGUAGAUAUAAAUGUAAAGUGAGUUAAAAUGUAUUUUAUAAAACUGAUUUUGAAUUAAAUUUAUUUAUAGAAUGUGUAAAGAUUGAUAUUCACUACAUCAUAUAGACAUUCCUACCUGUAAUCAAUUUAUAUUAAAUAUUGAAUCUUGGAAUAAAAUUUUAGGUAUAUGGCAUCUA